CUCAUUCUCGUACAUAGGUGAGGUGAAUCUACACUUCAUUCGAUCGAGUCCAUUCAAAUUCUCUUACACUAUAAACUCAAUCGUCGUAUCGUCGUAGACUCUCGCAGUCGUCAUCUCAUUUCGGCAGAUUCGGAUGCGAGCGGUGCCCACAACACAGAUCGACCAAUCAUUAUUCGAUUUUCUACCUCCGAACUACACACGCAGGGCUCACAGACACAGAUCAGCGAGAUUCUCCACAAGAUCAACGAACACCAUCGAUAAUCAUUACUAGUUUUAUCAGCCAGCUUCUCGAGUGUUUGUUGUAUCUCUGUUCGCGAGUGUUAUACAUAUUAGUCGAUUGUUUUAUUUGUUCUUUAAUUUAUUGGUGGAUGUGUGAAUGUGUAUGUGUGCUGUAGUAUACGACUUCCAGUGCUUGUGACCGUUAUUAAUUAACCCCUACUUGACAAGUGUAAUCGUUAUUUUGGUUCGUUUUUUUUCUCACGUAUUCUUAUAUGUAUUUCUCAAGUUCAGUGUGAAUCUCGUUCGCGAUUCGACGAUAAUUUUUGCAAUUUUUUCAUCACACGUUUGAAAAGUGUACGAUUUUUCUUAUCAAUCGAUUGAUUCGCGAAUAAAUAAAAAACGUUUCGGUGAUAGAGGUGACUGCCUGAUUCACCGUAGUCUAUUUUAAUAUGCCAAUUAGUGAGGAUGAACUGGAGUCGAGGAUACAUUCAUCGAUGGCUCAUUCCAACGAAUACCGUUAUUCGGCUUUAUCAAAGGCCGAGCAAAGAAGGAAUAAUAAACCGAUUAUGGAGAAAAGGCGAAGAGCGAGGAUUAACCAAUGUCUGAAUGAAUUGAAAACUUUGAUACUGGAUGCUACCAAUAAAGAUCCCGCCAGACAUACCAAACUGGAAAAAGCAGACAUUCUGGAGAUGACCGUUAAACAUUUGCAAUCUAUUCAACGACAACAUCUAUCAGCGGCGGUCGCCUCGGAUCCGACGGUAGUUCACAAAUUCAAGACCGGAUUCAACGAAUGCGCCGGCGAAGUUAGUCGUUACAUUGGUGGCUUAGAAGGUAUCGAUAACGGCGUCAAACAACGAUUAAUAUUACACUUGACCAGCUGUAUAACGAAUCUGCAACCAGCAGCAACGCCCUCCGUAGCUAAUCCUUUCAACAUAUCCAACGAUAUACGAAUACCCAACACCGAAGAUCUGAAUAACAACGACGCAGCUCGAUUCCAAGCCAUUCCAGGACUUCAAUUAAUCCCUAGUCGAUUACCAUCCGGCGAACUAGCUCUUCUAUUACCCAACUCUUCGUCGUUAAGUUCAUUAUUCCCGAACACAUUCGAUCUCAAUAACCGUUCCCAUGCUAGUGCUUUUACUCCUGUAUCGAAAGACGUCAAACCGAGCGGUAAUUCGACAACGACGACGACUACGACGGUGAAAGACGAACCGAAAACCAGCACAGAUAACUCAAAUUCCGAAGUAUCAUCAACCAGCAACGACGGUAGCACUUUUAAACCUCCUGGUACGCCGAGUAAAUCGAUACUACCCAGUGGAUCAUUCACAUCGUCUAGUUCAUCAUUACUGAUACCAGUUACUGAACUGAAUGCUCAAUACAAAAAAGAUCAAUACACCGGAUUAGCUUUACAAAGUGAACGAUCAAAUUUAUUCAAACCACUCACCGUUUACACUGAUCCAUGCUACGAUUUGACUAGUCCGUCUAAGAAUUCAUCGCCUCUGGUUAGAAAGAGUCCGUUGGAUUUUUCCAUCAAAAAGGAUACCGAAGAAGCGCCAUCGAGCAGUGAUCCAGUUCGAGUAAUGCGAAAGAGACCUCUUGAAGAUCUUCCGUGUAAUGUACCAAUUCCACCUACGAAAGCAUUAAAAAUUGAUUGUGAUAAAGAAAACGAUGUAGACAAACCGUCGAUAGCGUUACCAAACCAUUCCGGUGGAUCGAUCGUGAAUCAGAAUGAUGGUAUGUGGAGGCCUUGGUAGCAUAUUUUGAUUGAUGGUGUUUUAUAUGCACCUUGUUUAGAGUAUUUUCCUAUUUAAUUGUAAUUUUGAUUCGUUUAUGUACCAUAUUUUUAUUUAUUAUUUCGUGAUUAUUUCAAAUCAAAAUGUACCUAUGUGUUUUAUUCGUCUUCUUCUUCUUCGAUUUCUAUACUUUUUUGUCUGUCUGUGUACUUAUUUGAUAAUAAAAUGAUACUAUUUUUGUACGAUUGACUUACUAUUGGACUUACGUAAUUCGAAAUUGAGUAUGGUUCCAUGAUUGAGGAUUGACACUGGAGAAUAGCUCGAUGGAUCGAUUCGAUGGUUGAAGA